AUGCGUCUUCUUAGGACCUUGUCCGUCAGCGCCUGGGUGCUCAGUAUCGCGGAGGCUCUUCCCCGUCGCGCCCAAACCUUGGCCAAAAGGGAGGUUACCGAGCUCCGGGAAGAUGGUUAUGACUUUGUUAUCAUUGGCGGUGGCACCGCAGGCCUCACAGUGGCUGACCGCAUCUCAGCUGCCUUCCCAGAAAAGUUCGUCCUGGUCAUUGAGUACGGCAAGAUUGAGGGCACCGUCGGCUAUUUUGACCCGUCCGAGGACGGCCGUGGUGCCAGUCGCCUUGUCAUCACCUCCCCCCCGGUCGCCAGCGUCAACAAUCGCUCUGCUACCGUCAUCCUAGGCAUGACCGUUGGUGGCGGCUCCGCAGUCAACGGCCAGUUCCUGGACCGCGGUUCGCGGUAUGACUAUGAUGAGUGGGCGCGCCUCGGCAGCCCCCAGUUUGCAGACAGCCCCCAUCAAUGGGACUGGGAGAAUUUUGGUCCCGCGUUGAAGAAGGUCAGCUUCCUGCUUAUCUCAGCCCCCCCCCAGCCCAGCCAUGAGCUCGUGAAGGAGUAUGGCUACACCUGGGACGGCUCCCAAUUCGAGGGCGACGCCAUCGAGGCUUCAUUCCCGCCUUUCCAAUGGCCGAUCCGGAAGUUUGGUUGGAAGGCGUACGAAAAGUUCGGUCUCGAGACCCCCGUGACCUGUGAUAACGGUGACAAGCAUGGCCUCUGUUCGGUUGCGACAGCCCAGAACUCAGUGACGGUCGAGCGCUCCCACGCCGGCGUCGGCCACUACACCAGGAUCGCCAACUCACGACCCAACCUAGACCUUCUCGUCGAGCACAAGGUCACUCGCCUAAUCAUCAGCAAGAAUGAGACCAUUCCCGCCAUUGAGUUUCGCCCUGUCUCCGGCAGCAACGGCACAGUCCGUACUAUCCGCCCCCGCCACGAGGUCGUCUUGUCCGCUGGCGCGAUUCACACCCCCCAGAUCCUGCAGCGCAGCGGUGUCGCCUCAGCCGCCUACCUCAAGGCCGAGGGUAUAAAGGUCGUCGAAGACCUUCCUGGGGUCGGCCAGAACUUUCAGGACCACUGUGCCGUGCCCAUCACGUUCUCCUUCGAUAAUGCCCCUUCCCCAAACGAGGCCGACAUCACAAUCAACACCACCUACGCCGCUGAGGCCGUCGCCCAGUUUCGCGAGCGUCCCGCCCGCGGCCCAUAUACCCUGGCUAUGGGCAAUAGCGCUGCCUACGUCGCCCUCCAGAACGUUACUGCCCAGUGGCAGUACAUUGUCGCCGACAUCCGAGCCCAGAUUGCUGACGGCUCCGCUCUGCAAUACCUCCCGGCUUCCGCAGACAAGACCGUUCACGCCGGCUACCUUGCCCAGCUUCAGGCUAUUUCCGAGGCCCUAGAAAAUCCGAAGCACCCCAUUCUCGAGAUGCCCUUCCACGCCGCGCCCAGCAUGGCCUUUCUCCUCAAGCCUCUGAGCCGCGGCUCUGUCGUCCUUGAUCCGGCUGACCACGACGCCACUCCUAUUGUCAACUACGCCACCGGCACCAACCCCGUCGACCUUGAUAUCAUGAGCUCUUACAUCGACUACUUCCGCCGCCUUUAUGCCAUCGACACCUGGAAGGACCUCGGCCCCGUCGAGGUCGCACCCGGCGCUAACGUCACCAAGCACGCGGCCCUCGUAGACUGGGUUAAGGACACCGUCGUUCAGUCACUGAUGCACCCCUGCUGCACCGCCGCCAUGCUACCGCGCGAGAAGGGCGGAGUUGUGGAUUCGAGUCUCGCUGUCUUCGGCAUCUCUGGCCUCCGCGUUGCCGACUGCUCUAUCAUCCCCACUAUCCCCGCGAGCCAUACCACUACGACGGCGUAUGCAAUUGGUGAGAAGGCUGCUGAGAUUAUUAUCAGUAAGUGGAAGUAG